AUCCCUUUCCAGUUGAUGUGAUCCAGGAAAAUUAUGUCCGUAAUGUGAGAAACUGCAUUUUUUCAGUUGUCUAUCCUACACCUUUUAAAUCUAGAGUUCGUCUUGUAGCUGUUUCAAAGGAUGUUCUUGAAAAUAUUUUGGAUCUUGAUAUAUCUGUCAAAGGAGCAUCUGAUUUUCUUCAGUUUGUCAGUGGUGGGAAAGUGGUAUUUGGGUCUGUUCCGUUGGCCCACAGAUACGGGGGCCAUCAGUUUGGUAGCUGGGCAGGUCAGCUGGGUGAUGGGAGAGCCCACUUGAUCGGAGUGUAUACCAACAGGCAUGGCGAGAGGUGGGAACUACAGCUGAAGGGCUCAGGAAAGACCCCGUACUCCAGGAAUGGCGAUGGAAGAGCUGUGCUCCGCUCUUCGGUGCGAGAAUUUUUGUGUAGCGAGGCUAUGCACUAUCUUGGAAUUCCUACAACCAGAGCUGCUAGCUUAGUUGUAAGUGAUGAUGAUGUGUGGAGAGACCAGUUUUACAAUGGAGAUAUUAAGAAGGAAAGAGGUGCCAUAGUGCUACAUCUUGCCAAAUCAUGGUUUCGUAUAGGAUCCUUAGAAAUCCUGGCUCGUUCUGGGGAACUGGACCUACAGAGAAGGUUGCUAGACUUUAUCAUCCAGGAACACUUUCCAUCAAUAGCCAUGAAUGAGUCAAACAGGUAUCUGGAAUUUUUCUCUACAGUCGUAUCGGAGACGGCCAGUCUGAUUGCGCUGUGGAUGUCUGUGGGGUUUGCACAUGGUGUGUGCAAUACAGAUAACUUCAGUUUACUAUCCAUAACAAUAGAUUAUGGUCCAUUUGGAUUUAUGGACUCCUAUGACCCAAAUUUUGUUCCAAACACAUCUGAUGAUGAAGGGAGGUAUAAAAUAGGAAACCAGGCAAACGUUGGGCUGUUUAAUCUGAGCAAGCUGUUACAAGCUCUAAGACCUUUAUUGGAUGCCAGGCAAAAGCAGCUAGCUUCCCAGAUUUUGGAGGGAUACGGUGAGCUCUAUUACAUCCGUUUCACAGAACUGUACAAAACAAAACUGGGUCUUCUUGGGGAGAAUGAGGAUGAUAACUAUUUGAUUGCUUUCCUUCUAAAACUUAUGGAAGAAACAAAGGCUGAUUUUACCAUGACAUUUCGACAGCUGAGUGAAAUUACUGAAGACCAGCUAAAGGAGCUCCAUAUUCCUGAGGAGUUCUGGGCUCUCCAGGACCUGAGCAAACACCAGUUAUUUUCAGAGUGGGUUACCAUGUACCUCCUGAGAAUAAAUCGUAACAAGGGUGAUUCAGAUACCAAGAGAAGAACAAGAAUGACAGCUGUUAAUCCUCGAUACAUACUUAGGAAUUGGAUGGCAGAAUCAGCAGUGCGAAAAGCUAAUUUGAAUGAUUUCUCAGAGGUUCAUCUCCUACAGCAGAUCUUACAACAUCCCUUUCAGAGACAGCAGGCUGCAGAGAAAGCAGGCUACUCCCUGCGCCCCCCAGCUUGGGCCAAGGACCUUAGAGUAAGCUGUUCAUCCUGA